UUCCCUCGACAAAUCCCGCCUCCUGCUCUGUGAUUGGCCAAUUCACGCUUAUAAAAUGUCAAUCAAUUGGCUCUAUCUGUAUAACAAAAAAUAAUGAAGAAUAUCAGUUAUAAACUUUCUAAACCUUUAACAGACUUCAACAGGUUGUUGAAGUCUGUUAGAAUCUAUUUUGCAUUUUAGCUCUCACAAAAUACAUAGGGCAAAAUACUAUAUUUUGUCUGUGUGUGUUUAUUAAAUUAGUAGACACCCCAUACAUUAUCAUUACAUUCUACUUUAACAUUCUACUUUAAUUUUAUGUUUCUCCUAACUGGGUGUAAAGCAGCAAAUAUAGCAAAACAUGGAUAGUGAAAUUAUAACAUAUUAAUGUGUAAUAAAUCAGUGACAGUGAUUAAUUAAAAUAGACAUUGCAAACUUGCAUUGUUAACCAGGCAAAAUGGCAGAAGAUGGCUUAAUGUGCUGGGUAAGCCUAAUGACAGUUCAUGCAAAUAUUGAAGUGCAUGUAAAUGGGUAAACAAAUCAGCAUUACACACCCUUUACUUCUGGACAAUGUUUUAAUUCAAUGUGGCACUGUGAAAAAAAAAAAAAAAAGAUCAUAUAAAUUCAUCCAGUGGUCCUGUAGUACCACUGCCUAUUCACAUUUUGUUUUCCCUUCUUAAACCCACCAAGUUCAAGCUAGUUCAAGGUUUUGAAUUAGAAGAUGAGGUGAAUUAUUUGAGUUGGGAGCAGGGAUAUUACCAAAAUAUGCACAGUGGUGGUGCUCCAGGACCAGGAAUGACAAACACUGAACUACAUUUGAAAGCCAGCACUUUAAAUAAAACUAUUUUUAACAUAUUUUAAACCAAUAGUCAAUACUGUGAUUUUGAAUAAUUGAAAGCACAUUGCUGUCUGCUAUAUGCCAAGGCAAAUUUAAACAAAAGGUCAACCAGCAGAUGUCGUAGCCGCUCAGAGCUGUGACUAGUCGUGUGUUGCCAGAUCGUGUGUUUUCCUACGCUGAGCUAUUUUCAACGGCAUUGCGUGAAAUAUGGCCUUCAGCUGGAGGACAAAUAAUAAUACCGAUUGCUGUUGAUGUAUUUGAUUUGUAAGCAUGUAGUAUUUAAUUGUUUUAUAUUUUGAAAUGAUUCCUAAUUAAUAUUAUCCAUUUUAAACCGAGAUUGUUUUGUAUUUAAACAAUCCAAUCUGGCAACCCUAUCUCAGAAAGAGACGCGCAGACUUGGCAAUGAACAUGGAAGGGGUGAUCCCGCAUUUAAUAAUAAUAAUAAUAAUAAAAAAAAGAUGUAUGAAAAUACUGAAAACAUAAGGUUUCUUCUUCUGUGAAAAUGAGUUGUCACUCAGCCUAUAAUGUGGAUAUUUACCACGUCAAAUGUGAGAAAGGCAUAAAAGGGAGACAGGAAGAACAAGCAGAUUAAACCAGAGAAGCCCAUAUUAUCAUUAGGCUACUACAGACACGGGUUUGCCAGAUUUUCACCCGAAAGAGCUUCUUGGGUGUGUUGAAAAAAUUUGGGCUUUUUCUUAAAAAUCUACUGUUUAUAUCCUACGAAAUGGAAAUAAAUUCAUGCGACUAAAUUUGAGGAACUGGAUUGAAUGAUUUUAUUUAUUGUUCUGAAGAAGAAGCUUGCUAUUUUAUGUAUUAGUUAUACCUAAUUAUUUCAGUGAUUAAGUAGUAAAUUCGAUUAUUGUUUUGGCAUGAUGCCCGAUCCACCUAUGUGAAUUUGUACUGUUUCAAUAUAGGGAUGCAUUGUGCACAGUAUGCAUUGAGGAUUAAUUCUGAGCAAUGGAUUGAAUGGAAACCAGAAACUCAAUCUGGCAACACCGCGUACAGUAAACAGUUGUGGUGCGCUCUGUCGCGGCACGGCCUUCAGUGCAGACGUCGCGCGUGCCGCAUGUGCGCGCCCGUUGGUUUGGAUUCGUGUUUGGGUGCACAGGACGCCAGCGAGACUUGAAGGAAAACACACCUGCUCUCUUAUUUCGAGGGCAUGAUGAGAGAGAGAGGAGGAAGACCAUAGCGAGCAUAACGAUGAGCCAACGUGCAGCGUAGGGAUUUUUGGUCAGGAAAAAAAAAACAGCAAUGGAGAACCAAGCAGCCACGGAGCCGCGAUGCUAUGAGGACGUCCGCAAGAGCGGUUACCUGCGCAAGCCGAAAUCCGCGCACCGGCGUUUCUUCGUGCUCCGCGCGCCUUCUGAGCGCGGCCCUGCCCGCCUCGAGUACUACGAGAGCGAGAAGAAAUUCCGGAGCAAGUCGCCGGUGCCCAAGAAGGUUGUCGACCUGGAAUCGUGCUUUAACAUCAACAAGCGAGCCGACUCGAAAAACAAGCACAUGAUCGUGCUGCACACCCGCGGAGAGAGCUUCGCCGUGGCCGCAGACACAGAGGAGCUGCAGAACGAGUGGUAUCAGGCCAUGCUGGACCUGCAGUGCAGAAGUAAAACUCCAGAUGAUUAUGGCAGUGGAGGAGAAUGUGGACUGCUAUCACCUGGACCUGCUUUUAAAGAGGUAUGGCAGGUGAAGCUGUGGCCCAAGGGCCUAGGGCAAGCAAGGAACCUGAUUGGCAUCUACAGACUCUGCCUUACUGAUAAUACGGUCAACUUUGUUAAGCUCAACUCGGAUACACCUGCUGUAGUGCUCCAACUGAUGAACGUGCGCCGCUGUGGCCAUUCAGAGAACUUUUUCUUCAUUGAAGUGGGCCGUUCAGCCAUGACAGGACCUGGAGAGUUUUGGAUGCAGGUGGAGGAUUCUGUAGUUGCACAGAACAUGCACGAGACUCUUCUAGAGGCUAUGAAAGCUUUAAGUGAAGAAUUCCGUCAACGAAGCAAAACCCAGGCAGUGGGUACUUCCUGCGGAGGCGGCACAGCCUCUAAUCCUAUUAGCGUGCCAUCACGACGCCACCAUCCAAAUCUGCCACCUUCCCAGGUAGGCUUCUCCAGACGGGCUAGGACAGAAACUCCUGGUGUGCCUCACAGCACCAACACGUCUCCAACAUCUCGACAUGGCUUCUCCAGGUCACGCACAGCCAGUAUUGGUGCGCGGACGGAGGAUAGCAGUGGCAGAAUGACUGCUCUCAGCACCAGUCCAAGCCUCAAUGGCUCCUCUUGCUCCACCACCCCUACCCUACGACCUAAACCCACGAGAGCGCCUACCCCAGCCAAGAUCACACUUAGUUUGGCACCAUACACCCCUAAGAACCCAGCACCUUCCCCAGCCCCUAGUCUCUCUUCUAGCUCUGGCCACGGAUCAGAGUGUGGAUUGAGUGGAGCUCCAUUAGGGACAGUGUCCAUCUGCACCUAUGCUCGGAUCCCACAGAGAGUGUCCAUGUCAGGCUCCCCAAGUGACUAUGGCUCCUCUGAUGAGUAUGGAUCUAGCCCUGGUGAACACUCCCUUCUUGCUGCAGGUCUCUCUACUGCAUUAGUAGAUGGUUCUACUAGCUGCAUAUUAGUAGGGCACAGAGACACCUCUCACAAGAGAGUGCAUGGGCGCAGGAUUCUUCGACGCUCCUCUAGCAGAGAGUAUGAAGCUGACCGUAGGUUACUUAGCAAGCGUACUUCUCUUCCACCUUCCACUGCUCAGGAGCGCAUAGUGCCUCACUGCAGGGAAGAAGAAGAUGAAGAAGAUGAAGACUACGCAGUGAUGUCUCGCAGCACCAGCAGAGAAUCAUUCACCUCUCGUCGAGGCUCAGAAAGCUCAGCGACUCCAAGUGGGCAGGUGGAAACUUCUGCAAAUAAAGGUGUCAAUACAAAAGAGGGUCUGGAGAACACAUCGAUUGACAGUGGCUAUAUGUCUAUGCUGCCAGGUGUUACAGCUCCUGCAAGUCUGUCUCUUUCAGUGUCUGAAACAGAACCAAAGGGAGGGGAUGAGUACAUGACUAUGACCCCUAACAGCAGUGUUUCGCCCCCACAGAACAUCCGGCUUCCUGUCUCUGAGGGCUACAUGAUGAUGUCCCCCCACAGCAGCUGUUCACCAGAUCUACAUGGCAUGAGUGGGUGCUUGUGGGGUAGCAGGAGCAGCAUGGAGAGUCGAGCAGGUAGUGACUACAUGAACAUGUCACCCAUUAGUGCCAGAUCAGCUUGUAGCACACCCCCUUCACACCCAGAACAACAUCCACUGCAGCCCAAAACAGUAUAUUCCUACUUUUCCCUUCCACGGUCUUACAAACAUACCACCCUCUCUACUCGCUUUGAGGAUAAUUUGGGAGAUGGAAGAAAGCCAGAGGUGAUUUCUAGGGGUGAAGGUGGUUCUGGAAGGAGGACUGGACGUGGUGGUUAUCCCAAUAGAGCUGACUCUUCUGUCAGCCCCAAUGGAGGUGGAAACCUUUCUCUGUCCUCCUCAUCAUUCUCUUCCAGUUCGGCAAGCACUGAGAGCUUGGAGGACAAACCUCUAUCCCUGCCUGCUGGUGGAAUUGGGAAGGCCACCAGGUCAAGCACAGGACACAGGGUAGGGGGUGUUCACCCCAAAGAUUCAGCCCACCAUUUUCACCAGCAGAGACGAGGGCAAGGUGUCCAGAAACAGGGUCAUCCACAGCAACGAAAAGGCAGACCCUUUAGUCUCUUUGUGGACAUGUCCAAAGCCAACACCCUACCUAGAGUCAAAGAGACUAUACAGCCAUUAGUACCCCAAAGCUCUGGUGAAUAUGUUAGUAUUGUUUAUCAGGGUGAUAAGGGAGUGUGCAACAGAGGGGUAACAGGUGUAGAUCAGGGGAGCACUGUGGUUCAAGGGCAUUCAAGAGCCUUAUACCAACCAUCUUCAUGCCAAGUUGGUGGUACCAAUCUGCCCCGUAGUUUCUCAGCACCCCUCUCCACUUCCAUCUCUGUGUCCUCAGAGUAUGUUAACAUGGAUUUGGGUCAUUCAUCAUCUCCUCUGUCCUGCACAUCACUAUCUUCUUUCAAUCCCACCCAAGCAAUAGCUCCAAAAGCAAGAGAGAAUCCCACGAGGGGUCCUCAAGUGGCACAGGAAGCUGAAAAGGGACAUAGAAAGACUGGUAUGUCCAUGUUGCCCUCUGGGGACAUGACUGGUGCCCCUUUCACAGACUACACAGAAAUGACAUUCGGAUUGGUUAUAGUAGAAAGCCCUUUACAUGGUCCUAAAUCUGGGCAAACAGCUGAGCCUUCCUCUAUUGAGCAGGAACAAAGCAUGGAUUUCCACUCACCCAAGGCUUUCCACAAGUUAGACCAAGGUGCCAGACUAGUCAGAGCAGAAUCAUCAGCAAGACGGAGGCAUCGCUCUGAGACCUUCAAGGCAUCAUCAGGACUCUCACUUUCUCCCUCUUCCUCCUCCUCUAUUUUUGCGGAAGCUCCCCAGGCCACCACACCUCAAUGCCAUGGGCUAGAGAGUUCCCUUUGGGCUACUGGGCAGCCAUCUGCUGCACAGUGCACUGGUCCUGGGCUGGCAGCUCUAACUACAGCCCAGGCUUCACCUUUGUCACUGGAGCAAGAUCUAAACUACAUUGACCUUGACUUGGCUGGAAAGGACAGCCCUCAAAUGAGCCUGGAUGGAUCUUGUGGGCCACACUUCACUGUCCUGGGAGAAGGGUUAACAGUGGGAUUAGGUGUAACAGCACCUGGGGGAAGCAGCAACUCCAGCAUCAACACAUAUGCCAGCAUUGACUUUUUCAAGUCAGAGGAACUUAGAGUCCACCAAAAUACCAGGAAAGACAGCAAAGAGUGCUGAUCGUCCUGCUUGCUGAAGAGGAACAGAUAUGUGUGCGUGUAUGUGUGUGUGUGUGUGUGUGUGUGUGUGUGUGUGUGUGUGUGUGUGUCUGAGUGUGAGACAGAGAGAGAGCGAAUGUGUGGGUGUGUUGUAUGCGUCUCCAUGUGUGUGAGUCCUGCAGGUGUGGACACUCACCCUGUAAGAUUUUUGUUUCCAUCGGUUACAUUCAGAACAAAAUUUGCCAAAAGACUAUUGGUCAUAACCAACCAUGAACACUAAGAUGGACACGUCCUUCAGCCAACUGGGAAGGAUUAAAGCGACUCUGACUGCCAACCAGGAGCCAAUGAUAUUCAUUCUUUUUUCCAUCAUUAUGAAAUUUUAAAAAUAAUUGUAAUACAGAUGCUACGUAGUCUAACGAUAGAUAAAAAACAUAUAUAGUCUACUCUACAUAGUAUUACCGAGAGAAGUAUAUAUGACCUUUUUUUUUUAAAAAAAAAAAAGUGCCUCAUUUUUGAUUGUAGCCAUUUUUACACAGAUCCUGAUGUUCUCCGUGAGAGGAAAGAGCUUUCUGUUUAUUGUUGCGCUUACUGUCUGUCAGUCUGUGUUCCCUUUUCCUGAGAGAGAGAGAGAGAGAGAGAAAUAGAAGAGAGACCAAGAAAGGGAUUAAGACAGGAAGAGAGUGAGAUAUAGUUCCGUUAAAGUUUGUAUUAUCUGAUUGCCUUACAGUAUUUGUCAGACGUGGAUGUGUAUAUGUAUGUGUGUGACUGUGUGUAUGUGUAUGUGUGUGUGUGUGUGUGUGUGUGUGCGCAUGUGUGUGUGUUUGCAUCAUCUAUGCUGUGCCAUGCUGUGCCUCUAUACUCAACCCAACAAUGGUGAACCAUACACGAACACGCGCUGACGUUAACACAUUUUCACACACACACACACACACACACACACACACACACACACACAAACACAACCAUAUACCAAGACCUCAAACUGUCUUAAACUGCAGUAUAAUUCAUAAGCACUGGUGAACACAUACUUUUAUCCUCAAUAGCUGCUCUUCUGUUCCUCUGAGCAUGGAGGCACCAGCUGACCGGCUCAGAUAUCCUGAGUGACUGAAAAAGAGAUUACAGUGUGUGUGUGUGUGUGUGUGUGUGUGUGUGCAAUUGCAGUCUCCAUUUAUAUUUAUUUAUAGUUUUAUAGCCAGGGUAAUUACGUUGUAUUAAACUGCAACAGCUUAGAUUUUAUCGCUUUUACACCUCACACACAGACCCCUCAUCUACAUGCAGUUCUCAACUGACACAUUCAAGUGCCUCCUCAAUUCAGCUACAGUUAAAGGAAAACUUCACCCUGAAACACAUUAAAUAUGUUUAUAUUCAAAUAUUUGUGAUGUGUUUAGCGAUUCUGGUUCUAAUUUGUUGGUUGAUGCUGUAUUUUCAUUAUUUCUGCAAGAAGUUAGCAGUUGUGUGCCAUACUGACGUCACAGGGGUUUGUUGGUAUUGCUAACCAAUGCCAUUUAAUUUUUAAAAAAUCCAAUCCAAAGAUUUCAAACUUAAGUGAUAACGGUCAGUUUUCACUGUUAUCUCCUAAAAACAAAACAAAAGCGCACUCACCAUUUUCCAGGGAAGUUCAACAUCAAAUUAAUUAGAAAUCCAGCAUAGAAGUAGUGGAGAUGUUGGUGCAAAUGUUGGGACUCAUAGUCCUAGAAUGCAAUGCAGCUGUACAAGCUCUGCUCUGCUAGUGAGUGAUCUACGAGAUGAUGAACCUGAUGGCGUUGGUGGCGGGUUUAGCAUGAAAAAUCUAAGCUUUGUAAUAUGAAAUGUUUCAGCAGAGUGUACAGAUGAGGAGGUGAGAAAAAUGGACAGACUAAAGGACUAAAGCACCGCUGCAUCGCUCUCUUUAGGUAGAAAUGAAACAAAGGCGAAAGCCCACUGCACCACUAGAUGAAUGGCAUUGUGGUAAAACCGUUAACCAAAGGGAAAAUUGACCUCCAUGACAAUGAAAGAAGUUUAAACAAAAAAAUCAACUCAUAUUAUUACAAAAUAAAUCUUGCGUGCCAUUCAAGAUCACAUGUCUAUUAUAAAGAUUAAUAUGCAAUUCAUUCAGGGUGGAGUUUUCCUUUAAGAUUACACCAGUCUGAUCAACACAAGCUACAGUAGAGAGAAUUAGACAAACUCACAUCAGCUACAGUCAGACGUCUGAAUACAAUAUUUUUACACUCAACAGUAUGCAACAGCAGGACUGUGGUCUUACACAUAUUCUCCCAUACACAAUUUUAUACACCACCGUUUUUACACACUCUGAUCCGCUGCACAUUUCCAUUCUUUCGGCUACACUAACUGUGUUUUAAUGUUAAUUCUAAAAUCUAAGGGUGAGGGUUUCCGCUGGAGCGCUUUAAAUCUGAACAGGGUCUUUUUAUGAUAAAGAGAUAGCGGUGCCUCUCUAAAACACCACUAGGUUCACUUUUCCUGGAAAAUCUUUUCUAUCAUGGUCACAAAUUUUCUUAACGAAUCCUUAUUUUUAGAUUUUAGAUAUUUAGACCGGACCGCUAGUUUCAACCUAUUAAAUUUCGACUGCCUUUACACUUUUCUAAUCAACCUCCUAUUUCAGUUUGGUGAAAAGCUAGCUGUGAUAUCAGUGCCAAGAUUCUCUGUAGUAUUCAUGCAUCAAACAAGCCAAACAUUUCUGCUUUGAUCUUUUUAUAGAAUUUCUGGCAGUACAUUGUAAAAAUUGUUCAAGUGACUUGAAAAAAAAAAACCUUGCAACGAUCAUAAAGUAUAUUAAAAUAUUACGCAAGUAACUGGAAGGGUGUGAGUUCGGGUCCCAAAAUAAACCCUUACAGAAAAAUCACAUGAAGUUCAUGUGAUUAAUCACAUGAUUCACAUGUGAAAUUGACACAUAAUUGUGAGAUAUUUCAAACCUUUUUCAUAUUUAAUGCUUUUAUUUUCACAUGUGUACAUUUUUGUACGUGAUUCAUGAAUUUUCACAAGGUUUUUACGUAGGCUUCAGUUUUUUCAAGAUGUAUUUUUUCAGACAUGAUUCAUGUAUUUUCAUGUAUUAUUGUUACUUGUAAUUUUUGACAUGUAGGGUAUGCAGUUUAAAAUUUCAGAUGCCAUUUUCUCACAUGUAUAAUUCUUUGUGUGAUCAUGCUGUCACGUAUUGUUCACAUGAUGUCACAUGUUUAGUUGAGCACUGCAAUUUCAGGACAUAACAUGUUGACAUGCACCUCCUUGGGCUUCCCCCACACACACGCACAAAAUCACAUGUGGUAAAACUUAGGAUUACAUGUGAAAUGUGUGUGAUUUUUCUGUAAGGGAACUGAGGGAAUCCUUUAACCCUCAAAAGCUCUAUUCUUGGAUUAUAUAAAAUAGCCAAAUAAAUACAUGUAACGUAAUAAUUCUGAUACAAGUUUAUGUUGUUUACAAAUGCCAAAUAUAAAAUUGUUUCUAUACAUUCAAGUGGUUAUACAUUUUUAAUAGAAAGACCCACUCUGCCAUGCAAUUUAUUCAGCAUAUCUGAAAUACCUUCUACCACAGAUUAGCAACAGGGCCAGGUGGUGCUGCUACACAUACACAUGGGGUCAUGUCUUAAAGACCUCCUUUGACCCUUUUAAGAGUUUUUUUCUAUACAUAAGCCUGUUUAAAUCUAUCACAGGAGCUGGCCGGUGAAACAAAUAGAGCAUCUCGAACGUAAACGAGUGUGUAUGUGGUGUUUGCGUGUGUGAGACCAUGUCUGUCUUUCUUGUACUCUUUGCUCUUGCGCUGAUGUGUGCGUGACCACUGUCUGAUUUGUUUAAUCUCUCUUUUAUUGCCUUAUUGUCUGUAUUAGCUUUUACACAAACCAUGGCAGCUGAAAAAAAAAAAGCUUUGCAUCCUAGAACAGUUGGAAUCCAGUUCUGUAUUUUAGAACAUUUUUCCAAAUUCUGGCCGAGUCUACACCCUAGAACAGCUGAGAUUUUGUUCAGGUCUGAAGAUCCUUUAGUCUGGUUGUAUGUAGAAAUUUGUGUCUCUGGCCUUUGUUCUGUGAAGCAAAAAAAAAAAAAAAAAACAUGGUUGAGUGUGAUGUAGAAAUAUGUCCAAGGCCGAUGUAUACUCCAGAAAAAAGGACAUCCUAAUAAUAAUAAUAAUAAUAAAAAAGAUUAAAAGCAAAAGAAAGAAAGCCAUGGCUUUCUCAAAGCACCUGCCAUUUGAUGGGAAAAAAAGGGUUUGAUAUGUACAAUCAGGGUACUGUUUAUUGAGAUUUAUCCUAUUCAUGUAUAUCUGGUACUACUGAAGAAUCCAAUGACAAUGAUGUAUAAAGAAGACUAAAGAAAGUAUUAAUAGGGUCUGGGCUGUGUCCUUGUGUGUAUAAGGGGAAUCAGUUGGGAUUUGGGUGGGUAUGGGGCUUAUAUGGCACGGCUAUGAUAGAAAUUUCUGUUCAGUUCAGAAAUUCCUUCAUGAUUAUUGCCUGUGAUGUAGACAAUGUCUUUUUGUUUUAUGAAAAAAAAGAAAAGAAAAAUGGAAAUGUGUCUUGUGUCUUUUUUUCCCCCAAUUUUGGUGUGGCUUUCUUUUGUAACAGCUCCUAACAAAGGUGCGUAAGUAUGUCUGUGUGUGUGCACGUAUGUUUUUAUACCUUGUGGGGACAUUUGGCUGAUCCAAAUAUCCAAAACUGAUUUUUUUUCCUUUUAUUUAAAAAAAAAAAAAAAAAGUUAGAUUUAGGUGAAGCAUAGCACUAACUCUAGUGAGGCAAAUGUGUGUGUGUGUCUAGACAGAGACUCACUUCCAGACUGAUGUCUAGAGAUAAGUCACCUGCCAGGCUUCAUGAAAGUAAGGGACAGACUGUGUAUGUGUGUGUAUCUGUGUGUACAUCCUACACUCUAGUCCUUAAGCAGAACCCACACACACUUCAUUGU